CCAAGAGAUUAAUUGUUUAUUUUUUGUCAAGGCAAUGGGUGGUACAACCGUGGUCUUCUCGCGACCCUUAGCAUAUCACUGCUGGGCAUGGGCAUCGACAUGUUCGGCUUCUCCGUGAUCGUGACCGGCUGCGCCUGCGACUUCCACUUGGAGCACAGCCAGAAGAGCAUCCUCAUGUCCAUGCCGUUUAUUGGGGCGAUAGGCAUGGCAUACGUCUGGGGCUAUCUCUCUGACACUAAAGGUCGAAGGAUGUGUCUUCUCUACGGCAUGUGGGGAGGGUUUAUCUCCUCCAUCCUCACCGCUUUCUCUCCCAAUUGGAUUGUUCUGGCUGUUCUCAAGGUCUUCAGCACCAGUUUAUGCAGUUCAGCACAGUCAUGCACGGUGACACUGCUAGAGUCGUGUACAGCGAAGGUGCGGGACUUUUACCUGCUCAUCAUGAGUAGUGUGCUUAUGCUCUAUCUCCUGUCGUAUGUUGUACCAGGAUACUUCAUCUUAAGUAUUCCUUUUUCCAUCAACCUCGGCUUUAUUUACUUCACACCUUGGAGAUUGCUGGCCAUAAUUUUGUCUUUGCCACUUGGUAUCAGUGCACUGGGUCUUCAUUUCUUCUACGAGAGUCCCAAGUUCUUAGUUAACAUAGGCAAGGAAGGUCAAGCGUUGAAUCACCUUCAAGGAAUUUGGGCUAGGAAUGGAGGAAUCCAUGAAUAUCCGGUUCAAAAAGUUUACCUGAACGAAGAACAGAAAGUAAAUCGGAAAGGCGUUUCGAUUCUGCAAUCGCUUGUGGAUCAGACGAUACCUCUCUUCAAGCCACCGCUACUGUUGAAUUCCUUGCAAAUGUUUUAUUUGAUUACCAUAAUUUACAGCAUCAACAACAGCCUGGUAAUGUGGAUGCCAUUAAUAGUAGACGCAUUUGGGUCUGGAGUCCACGCUGAAGGGAAACAAGAUUCUACAAGUCUAUGUUCCAUUAUAUCUAGCACGGAGGGAGGCAACAGUACCAUACUUCACAGCUGUACUUCGUCAAUAGAACUGAGCACUUUACUAUCAGGUGUAGCUCAUGGUAUUAUUUUCUCUGGCGUCACGGUCUGCGUGUCUAAAUUGGCUUCUAAGAAGAAGUAUUUGCUGAUAACCUUCCUGCUGAUCACGAUGCUGUCGACCCUGGGUGCAGUCUUCAACGAGAAUAACGUCGUCAGUCUCGUGCUGUUUGUUGGCAUGCUGAUGACUAAUUUAUGCAUGGGAAUCCUGUUUACUUACUACGUGGAUAUGUUCCCCACUUCUUACCGUGGCAUGGCUGCCUGUUUGGGGGUGAUGGUGGCGAGACUAAGUGGCGUGGCGGGGGUCAAUUUCUUAGGCUCCAUGAUUGUGACCCACUGUGCCAUAACCUUCUACGCGUUUGGCGUUUAUUUACUCAGUGGUAUAAUAGUAUCCUGUUUCCUGCCAUGACACGUAAAAAGAACUCCAUCAAUUAAAUUUGUUAGAUAAUAUCAUGUUAAUUAGUUUAUAAGUUUGUUACUUGUAUUAUAUUACUUUUUGUUUAUAUUUCAUUUUAUUAACAGCGGUUUGCGCUAUUUUAUCACG